CAACAACAGUAACCACAUAGCAUCGACCUUACAGUGGAGUGUGGUCGCGUGGCGCUACGCUAUAACACGGCUUAACUACACACACGUGAUUCGCGCUUUUUCCAAAGUCUUCCUUUUUGACAAUGUUUUCAGAAGAUUUAUUUGAUUUUAACUUACCUGGCAAUGUCGAUGUUGGUUGUAUUCAGGACCAGGAGCUGCUGAACGCUCAGGAGCGGGCGUUGGCCAGUAACUCCAUCACCCCCCUACUGAAACAGGAACUACGAUAUACGAUACAGUCUCGCAGACUUACAGAGGGAAAAGACGAGAUGAAUGUGUCCAGCUUAAACACUUCUUCUUCUUCUCACACGCACGAGCUGACCGCAGAGGAAGUGGAGAAGAGGAAGAAGAGACAGGAACAGAACCGACGAGCAGCAAAACGGUUCCGACAGAAGAAGAAGGAUGAAACAGACGCGCACCUGCAGGAGAUGGAGCUACUUCUUGACAAGAACACGGCCCUCCGUGCCAAGGUCAAGGAUCUUCUCCAAGAACGUGCGUGCCUCUUUUCUCAACUCGCCGAGCAUCUUCUCACGUGCAGCAACCCGAUACUCGUCCCUGCCCCGAACCCACUUUGCUGACACCAUUUGGGACCAUUUGGGACCAUUUGGGACAUGGGGGAAUGCUACAGGGUUGUGGCUGAAGGUGUUUAUCUCAAGAACUGUUUUGUGGGCAUUCGUCGACGGUCCAAAAUAAGUGGUGCAAAUGAAAUCAACAUUCUUAAUUUGUCACUUAAUAUGCAUAAAGCACGUGCAGCACAUGGGUAAGCUGUACAUAGAGCCGUGCGUGGUGUGUGGCACUCGGGCUUCUGACUUAGAAGAAUGGCGGACUGUACCAUGAGCAGAUAUGGAUCAUGAUCUCAAAACUAUAUUUAUUUCAUUCCCAUGAUAUAAUGAACAUACCAUAUAUACAUAUAUUUACAUUGCCUUUAUUUUCAUAUGGCCUGUUAUCAUUUAGUCUCUACCAGUCAUUUCAAGACAAUCGUCUUUCCAAAGAUCUCUUAAACACUGAAUACCAUUUGAUAAUUAGCAGUCAUACCAAGAACGAAAUGAGAUUAAUUUUUUUAGCCAAAAUAUGUACACAUGUGUAACUGACAUAUAAUAUAAUUUUAUAUUUUAUGAGACUGAUCGGGAAGAUUGGAGAUGAUUGUGUGUGUGUGUGUGUGUUAUUGUGGCAUUGCGCAAGUGGGGAGGGUGUGUCACAGAUACCGCGAGGUGUGGGUUUGUACUGCACUGAUAUAAAUAUUAAUGAAUAUAAAUUAUUAUUCAUGCAAACCAUGAAAACAAUGUAUUGAUUUUCUUUGCCAAAUUGACGGGAGCAAAAUUAGUCAUUGUAUUGAAAUAAAUAUUCUUAACCUGAAA